AAAUUAUUAUUAUACCAGUGCUUUUACUCUUUAACGCCUUUUAAAGUCAUGUUUUAGAUAGAUUACUCUUAACAAUACUUUAUUUUUCACUGUCAUCUGUCAAAUAAGCUUUUCGAUAGAGUAUUGAAUUUUAUAGAACUACUAAGAAGCGUCUAUAAUGCUAGAAAAAAAAGCGGGUGACAUUGAUAUAGUGGCAAUGAAAGCCAGUAACUAUUUAAUGGAGGCCGCCCAUUCUUUCCGUAUCUACCUCAAGAAUCACUGCGCAGUCCGAAAGCCUAAAAAAGGCGAAGCGCCCAAACCGGAGCGGAAGCCGAAUAAGGCGGUGAUAUGGGUCGCUAAGGAGUACCCGAAGUGGCAACAUAUGAUUUUGAGUACUCUCAAGGAGUUAAAUGGGCCUUCAGGUCUCCCCGAUAACAAAGUAUUAUCAACAAAACUUUCUGCUAUAAACGAUCUUAAAAAAUAUAUGAAAAGAGUGAUGACAUUCGUUCAAGCCACAAGAGAUAAUCUACAAAAGAUUGGUCCCGAAGCCCUCUCUGUUGCCUUGCCCUUUGAUGAGGCCCAACUGCUUGAAGAUAACAAACAAUAUCUGCUGAAUACUUUGGAUCUUGACGCAAUCGAAGUCAAACAUACAUACAGUCCUGAUACUCCAGAAAAAACGAUAGAAGACUGUGCGCCUGGUAGUCCACAUGUCAACUUUAUUGCGGUACCUGGACUUACAGUGACCUUCACCAACCCCACACCGAUGAGUGGAUUGUUUACCAUUUCUGUGACCCUGGUAGAUGGGGAUACGGUUGAGAAGAUUAAAGCCAAGAUCGCUAAAGAGAUUAAGGCUAUUAAAGACAUAAAUGCUCUAAAGCUGUGGCGAUAUCUUGAUCCGGCGUUAGGUCCUCGCAAGAUUCCAGUAGCAGGCGAUCACGUGACAAAAUGCGCGGAACUCGUCAAUGGCGAUGGUAUACGCGUACACGUGGAAGCGUCGCGUAUAGAACUCGUUCAGAACGGAACGAAUAUUGACGUCGGCUUACAGUUUGUGUAUACUUAUGAUAAGUGAUUGUUUUCAGAAAUAUAUUUAUUUAUUUUUA